UGUAAGCCCCCAAUAGAGGAGUAUCAGUGCGCGUCUCCCGUUGGCAAGAAGCAGAGAGGAGUGCGCGAGUCCAUCCAUACACCACAGUGAGAGAGUCACUCGCGCGGAGGAAGAGGAGGUGGAGGAGGAGAGAGGCAUGCAACUUCAGCCGGCUCCAUCAUCACGAACGCCCACAGUCCAGGAGGAGAGAGCGCAGCAGUGAACAAGUGGAACCUUGCUUCCAGCCUUUUGAUUGUGACGGGAGGAAAGUUAUCCAGAGUGGAAAACAUGCAUCUCUGACUAGAUAUCCACCAAGAGUUGGGACAUAUUCACAGUCAGCGGAUAAUAUCACGAGGGUGCGUGCGAGUCAGUGAGUGGACCACAAGCUGCCCCGCUUGUAACAGACGGAGCAGGCGUUUUUCCACGCUGCCACGGGAGGACAAUUACAAUGACCGUGCUUUACCUCAUCUUUUGCCUUAUGGCUUCAGCCGCUACCCGAGCAGCCUACUUUUCCCAGCAGCCUCAGGACCAGGUAGUGGUGUCUGGGCAGUCCGUGACUCUACCAUGUGUCAUUGUGGGCUACCGGGGGAUGGUACAGUGGACCAAAGAUGGACUUGCUUUGGGUGGAGAGAGAGACCUACCGGGCUGGACACGCUACUCCUUAAUGGGCGACCCACUAUCAGGCGAGCACAGCUUGCUGAUCGAUUCGGCAGAGCUGGUGGAUGAUGCCGUGUACGAGUGUCAGGCGACACAGGCGGGCCUGCGCUCCCACCGUGCCAAGCUUACUGUACAAGUACCUCCAUCAGACCCCUUGGUGGAGGGAGGCCCCGUUGUGCGUCUUAAAGCCCGCACACCGCACAACCUCACCUGCAGAUCGUACGGAGCCAAGCCUGCUGCAGAGAUCACCUGGUACAGAGACGGAGAAGUCAUGGAGACAGCCAUUUACUCUAAGACACUGAUGGAAGAUGGGAAGAGGGAGGCAGCUGUCAGUAUGCUUCCAAUCAUCCCAGAGGAUAGUGACUCGGGCCGCACCUACACCUGCAGGGUUCUCAACCCAGCUGCCCCCGCUGGAAGACAGACAUCUGUCACUAUCAAUGUCCAGCACCCUCCGUCUGUGGUUUUGUCAGUCCAACCUCAGACAGUGACCGAAGGCGCCAAGGUUCUCUUUAUAUGCACUGCCUCAGCCAGUCCAGAAAUCAUUGGCUACAGGUGGUCUAAAGGAGGUGUCCCCAUCUCUGAGGCAAAUGGUGACAGCUUGGAGGUGACUGUGGACUAUUCCUACUUCACGGAUCCGGUCUCCUGUGAGGUGUCCAAUUCUGUGGGCAGCACCAAUGUUAGCACUCUGGUUGAUGUUCAGUUUGGCCCCAGAUUGCUGUCGGGGCCAAAACCCAUGACAGUCGAUAUCGGGAUGGAUGCUGCAUUCACUUGCACAUGGACUGGAAACCCUCCUCUGACGCUGGCUUGGACCAAACAAGGCUCUAGCGAGGUUCUGAGUAACAGCAACACCUUACAGCUCAAGUCUGUUACCCAGACAGAGGCUGGGACUUACACCUGCAAGGCCAUUGUUCCCCGUAUAGGAGUUGCAGAAAGAGAUGCCACUCUGACUGUAAAUGGCCCUCCUAUCAUCACAGUGGAGGCCACGCAGCAUGCAGUGAAGCACUCCAAGGGCAAGCUUGAAUGCAAAGUGGGAAGCAGCCCGCCACCUUAUAAGAUUGUAUGGUCCUUUGGUGACAUCAGUCUCUCUUCGGGUUCCUCUGGUCGCUAUUCUGUGCAGACCGUAACCAGCGACCAAGGAGUUGUGUCCUCUCUGGUGCUCUCUGAGACUCUGGCACCUGAUUUUGAGCUGCGCUACAACUGUACUGCUUGGAACAAUUUUGGUACUGGCACCGCCUUGGUCACCCUUAAGGAACAAGAGGCCCCACCUAUGUUGUUAAUUGUUGGUGGAUCAGUAGGCGGAGGCAUUGUACUGCUCAUUUGCGUCAUCACACUCGUCUCUAUCUGCUGUAGGCACACAGGCAAAGGUGAGCUCAACGGCAAAAGAUGUACCCGCCUCUCCAAGAGUGACAUCAGAGUUCAAAUUGUUCACAGUGAUCACAAUGCUACACGUGGCAAUGAUGAUGAGGAGGAUGUCAAAGAGCCAAUGGCUCCAAAUAGUAGCGAGUCUCCUGGGACAUCUCGCACAGAACACAGUGAUCUCUUGGAAGAGGAAGAGGAUGAGCGAUCGGACAUCAAGGAUCCCACCAAUGGCUACUACAAUGUACGUGGCCACGAAGACCGACACAUCCGCGGUGGAGGUUUCUCAGAGUACGUUCCCAACCCUCGGCCUGUCUACACACCAUCGCAGCUGCCCUCCCCGAGCCCCAUGUACGGCCAACACGGCACACAACCACGGGUCUACGACUUUGCCCACCGGUACGCGACCAACACCGUGACCCAAUCUGCGUACGAGCAGCAACAAGCCACCCAGCAGCAGCAGCAAACUCAGCCAGCCACCAUUUAUCCCACUGAUCCAGUCUACAGCGGCUCCGCAUACCUGCCGGCAACCUAUGGCCGUGCCUUCACCAGCUAUGUAAAGCCAGCCUCUUAUGAGAAAGUGGAUGUGUACGACCAAUCGGAUGAUGCCAGUAAGGUGUCUGGCUCGUCCCGCUUCUCUUACGCCUCAUCACAAGUGUCCUCACAACAGUCGGACUACGGCCGACAAACACAGCGUAUGCAGACGCAUGUUUGAUUAAACUAGAAGUGUUGGGAAUCAAAAGAACUGAAGCAUUGAAUGGUUAAUUAUGUCAUCGCCACAUAUGUGGGACAACUAACAUUAACAGAGACUUUCUUAACUUUGGACAAGCAUUGAGAGGAGGUCACUACAACCUAUCGGUGUAGAAAAUGGUUGAUCAAUGAGGCUUAACAAAGAUGGCGAUUUUAGAAGAUUGUGUGUUCAAGUAAAUCUCUUAAUUCAAGAGUGAUACCGCACCAGUAUAUCUCUGCAUGCUUGAUCAAAUAUGACCCAAGCAUGUGGAGAUACUUUCACAGUGGACCAGAAAAACAGAUCAACAUGAUGGAACUGCAUCUACGUUGGUUCUGCAUCACCACUACAUGUGAAACGUCUAUAAAAUAGCGCAGCAUAAGAUGGACAUGAACAAUGUACCUUCAUCUGUCUUUUGCCGUUUUUGGUUGGCAUGCGAAAGGAAUACUAAGCACAUUUGUGUGUCCAGUACCAAGAAAAGACUGAGCUUGCCACAGAAACAGUCUCACCUGCGCAGUGGUGGAAUACUUGGACGCAAGACAGCUCAAUACACAAUGUGAAAAGAAGUUGAAUUUUAGCCUUGAUCUUCAUCGAGAACUAUAUGGUAAAGAUGCGUUUUAACAAGGAGGAAAAUGAAAAGGCCAUAAAAACCCAAAGAAGGUGACCACUUUACAGGGUUGGGGUCUGAGUACUGCAUUCCUUACCCUAGUAUGGUUUUAUUUUUUACAGUGUUUUGUGAUUGUGGAGCAGGGGGCAGUAGGGUAUUACCAGAACAAUCAAAUGUGGUGGUUUGUAACAUGGUGGCAAUCUUGAACUUGAACUAAACUUGAAUGCCGCAUCAGGUGGAGGCAACAUGCCAGGCAGUCGUCACAUGGACGUUUUACAUCUUAAUCAAAUGGUCUCAAAAUGUUUACAAGAAACAGUACUACCCUGGAAAUAUCUGUACAAAUGGCCUAAGCCCAUGUUUUCUCUCUGUUGCAUGCAAAUGAAGUGUCUAGUGAAAAGCUUCUGCAUUUAGAGUCAUGUCCAUUUCAUGUUUGAGACAUUUGUUUCUGCACUUGGCUCAGAUGCAUUCUACUUUGUGGAUGUUUCAGUAUGUGAUGCCUGUACUGCCAUUGAAUGCUUGUUACCAGGCAGCCUGAUAAGAACAAGUAAAACUUGAUAGUGAGGAGGCUAAAAUCAUCGCUUGUCUUUAUUUUUAUAUUUUAUAUAAGCCUUAAUGUACAGCUUGUAAGCUGCUCUAUUGUAAAAUAUCUUUAUAUAACGGUAUGUAUCUCACGAUUUAUUUGGAUCCACAGAAUUUCUUGCUUACUUUACCAAUCAUUGAAUGCUUUUUUUGUUGUUUCUAUUUUAUCACAACUAAUUGCCAUUUCCUUGUUCAUUCUUUUAAUAAUGUAUUAAGAAUUUUAUUUGCUAAAAAUAAGCUACCAUUGCUUGUAUCUUUGUACACAUAUUUAUAUUUAAAUAAAACCA